GAGGGGGCGGAGUGAGCUGGCUCGGUGUGACCGGGAGUCGCUUACGCCCAUGUCUCCCCGAGAGCCCGCCCUUCUUGGCAGGCCGGCCAGGGUGAGGUGGGGUGGGCACGCCCUGGGCCCCUCAGAAUUCCUGGUGUCAGGGCCUCCCUCCCUGCCGCCUCCUUGAGCCGCGCUGUGGAGGGCACAGCAGCUGGCUGGCCUGCAAGUAUCUUUUCCUCCUCCCACUGGUCUGAGUUGCCCCUUGUCCCGGGGACCAGCAGACCCUUCCUGAGGGCCCAGGCCGGCUCCUGAGGCCGCCUCCUCCCCCUCCCCACUGGCUGGGUGGGGGUGGGAAGGGGGAGGGUGCAGCCAGCUGAGCCCUGAUGAUUUCCUGCCCUCACCCGGCGCUCACCACAGCUUCCUGCCACAGGCAGGCAGGCACUGAGGAGAGGCAGGCGCAGAGUCCAGGGGCAGGUAGGGCUGGGGCACAGGGUCUGUGUAGGGGUGGCUGGCGCCAGACUCCAGGUCAGGGCCUGACCGCCCUGGGUUCAAGGGUCUUCCAGAGCCUGCGCUGACGCCCGCUGAGGGGAGGAGACCCAGGGAGCCCCCGAGGAGGGCGCAGCUGCCCCCCACCAGGCUCCCAGCCUCGUGCCCGCUCAGCCCCUGUACCUUUGUGGCCUGGCCCUUGCCCCGCUGCUGCUCUGUCCCCAAGGGGUGUGCGGCGAGCAGCUAGGCCCGGUCCACGCUCUCCCCUGCAGAUGGAGGCAGGCAGCCUGGUCCUCUUUGUGCUGGGCCUCCUGCUGCUGCCUCUCUUGGCUGUGCUGCUGAUGGCAUUGUGUGUGCGUUGCCGAGAGCUGCCAGGCUCAUAUGACACUGCUGCCUCCGAUGGUUUGACCCCAAGUAGCAUCGUGAUCAAACCGCCUCCCACAGCCGCCUCCUGGCCACCAGCCACUUCCUACCCGCCUGUGACCUACCUGCUCCAGAGCCAGCCAGACCUGCUCCGCAUCCCGAGAUCCCCACAGGCCCCCGGAGGCUCCCCCCGCAUGCCGUCUUCCCAGCAGGACUCAGAUGGUGCCAACAGUGUGGCCAGCUAUGAGAACGAGGGUGCGUCAGGGGCCCCGGCGGCCCUGGUUGGGAGGAGGCUGGGGCCUGUCCUGGGCUCCGCUGACCCUGUGUCGUUACCCACCCCAGAGGCAGUCUGUGAGGAUGCGGACGAAGAUGAGGAUGAGGAAGACUAUCCCGAGGGCUACUUGGUCGUGCUUCCUGACAACGUCCCGGCCACUGGCGCCGCCGUCCCACCAGCUCCUGCGUCCAGCAACCCUGGCCUCCGAGAUAGCGCCUUCUCCAUGGAGUCGGGGGAAGAUUACGUGAAUGUCCCUGAGAGUGAGGAGAGCGCGGAUGCGUCUCUGGAUGGGAGCCGGGAGUACGUGAACGUGUCUCAGGAGCUGCCGCCCGUGGCGAGGACCGAGCCUGCCGGCCGGAGUUCCCAGGAGGUGGAGGGUGAGGAAGCUCCAGAUUACGAGAAUCUGCAGAUCCACUGAAGGCCCGGCUCCGGACGCGCAGGCUCAGCGGCCAUGGCUCACGGGCCCAGCCGCUCCGCGGCAUGUGGGAUCUUCCCGGACCGGGGCACGAACCCGUGUCCCCUGCAUCGGCAGGCGGACUGUCAACCACUGCGCCACCAGGGAAGCCCAAUGCGACCUUAUUUUUAAAAAGGGUCUUUGCAGAUAUACUUAAGGAUCUAGAGAUGAGACCACCCUGGAUUAUCCAGUGGGCCCUAAAUCCAGUGAUGAGUGUCUCCAAAAGAUGUACCCAGAGGGGAAGGUGGGAUGCAGAGAUUGGAGGGAUGCGGCCACAAGGAAUGUCGGGAGCCACCAGAAACUGGAAGAGGCAAGGAAGGAUCCUCCCCUGGAGCCCCCGGAGGGAGCAUGGCCCUGCCGACACCUUGAGUUCAGAGAGAAUACAUUUCUGUUGUUUUAAGUCGCUCAAUUUGUGGUACUUUGUUAUGCAGCACCAGGCAGCGGAAAUAGUUCUGUAGCGCCAAUACCCAGAACAGGGCCUGGAAUGUAGCAGAGCAGGGGGCAGCAGGCUUUCUCUGGAAAGGGCCAGAGAGCAAACAUUUGAAGCUCUGUGGGCUGUGGGCCGUACGUCUCUGUUGCGACAACCCAACACUGCCCUGGAGCCCGCAGGCAGCCACAGAUAACAUGGAAAUGAAAGGGCAUGGCUACUUUCCAAUCCAACAUUAUUUGCGGACACUGAAAUUUGAAUUUCAUAUAAUUUUCAUGUGUCACAAAAUAUGAUUCUUACGUUGAUUUUGUUUCGACCAUUAAAAAAUGUAAAAACUGUUCUUAGCUUGUGGGCAGAAUGCAGCAGGUGGAGGGCUGGAUUUGGCCCAUGCGCCUUGGUCUGCUGCUUCCUGUAACAGAGGCUCGACGGGGAUUUGUUGAAAGAUUGAAACAUCAGAGACGGCAGCUGGAUGCUCCAGUCAAGUAGCCCAGAGACCGAGAUGAAACCAUUUGCAGACUAAGCGCCUGGAGGAGUAAAACAGACUUGGAUUCUGGGGCCCUGCAAACUGCUGAAAGCAGAGGCCUCACCCCAGGAUCUUCAGCCACAGGGAGGAACAAGGACGUUUGAAGGCUGAUCCGGUCACUCAGAUGCCUGGCUAGGGAGGUGGUUUCCAAGUCCCCUGGUGGCUGGAGCGAUGGAGGAUGCAGAAGGAGGCAAUGACGGCUCCCUACAAAGAUCAGAUGUUGAGCUGUUGGUUUAGUGACAGUGGAUCCUGGGAUAACGAUCUGGUAGAGCUCUGAGGACAGUGGAACUAAAAUUCUAACCCAGUGGUGGCAAACUCCAGUGCCUGCUGGGAUUAGGUCAGGGGUAGGAAUGAGCAAAGUAGAUCUGAUGUAAGACAAUAGGGAGUGGUGGGGACUGUGGCAAAGUGGAGAGACUGUAUCCUAUCUAAAACAGUUACUCAGUUCCAGCCAGUUCUGCCAGCUGGGAAUGCAGGCCCAGUGCUGGCAGACUUUUAGAUUGUCCCUAAGAAGCUGGAGAAUCCAAUUAUUUGUAUUCUAUCUCCUGAUUUAAAAUCUUGGCUCACAUUAAAAAAAAAAAAAAAAAGUCAUACCAGGAGUUUUCCAUAGGUUAAGUGGACACUGUCGUACCCAUCUUACGUUCAGAGGGGCUAAGUUGCUUGACCAGCAACACAUAUCUACGAGAUGGCCAAUCUGGAUGUGGGUGACAUCAUAGUCUUCCAAGUGGGGGCUUUGUGUGGCCCCAUUCCCUGAGCAGAGUGGUCCAGGGGGCCCAGAGGGUCUCUCCAGCUAGGAGGUCUGGGUCCCUGAGGCCUUCAGUCAGAGGGGGCAGGAGGGGGGUGUUCAGGUUCCGGAAAUGACGUAGCCACACUUGACCCUCCUUCUUGGUUGAUGGAGAAGUGGCUGGGUACACACUCCCGUGUCUGAUGGAAGCAGCUGUCACGCGUGUCUGUGAAGGAGGCAGUUUUCUGCGAAGAAACCUUGGGAAAUUGGAUGUGGCUGCUGUGCCUGCAUUCUUAGGGGCCUGGGAAAGCACUUUGCAUGUAAUUAGCAGAUGAGACAGCCCCUUCUGCCACCCCCGACCCGCCUCUUCACCCUGUCAUUUCACAAUUCCUCCAGGACCGGCGAUGGCGAUAGUGGAGAAGGAUUUGCUUUUAAUGGGUCUGCCCAGAGUUGCCUUGUUUUCUUGACGUUGACAAGCUAGGUCCCUUAAUAAAAGUUUCAUGACUCAAUUUAGUGAGGGAGACAUGUAAUCCCAGCCCCUACCGUCCUGAUCUCAAAGAUUAUCCCCGGGCGUAGGUCCCAGAACAUUCCUGUGUUUGACACGAGCACUGUCUCCAGGGGCAUUGCCUGCUGAGUCGCCAGGGCACCCGUGGGCAGAAAGAUCCGCCCACUGCCCGGGAAGGCCUCUCUGCCAUUGCUUCCCUCUGCCCUCUCGUGGUGGUCAUUGGCCAUUUUGGCCAUCCAGAAUCUGUUCUCUUGUAUCUGCCCUAAUCACCUGUGGGGAUUGUUUGCAGACCUACCAGCCCUUUGCAAUACUCCCUCUCCCUUUAGAUCUGGGCAGAAAUGCUUAGACCAAUAGAAUGCCUGGAAGUGACUCCAUGUGUGUGCCUAGGGCAGAGCUUAGGAGGCCUUGUGGCUUCCACCUGUGCCUUCUAAGACCUCCAAGACACACGCAAAACAGGAGCCCUGUCUAGCUGACUGGAGGGGGGGCUCACGUGAUGAACUAAGGCACCCCACCGAGCAUAGUACCAGCUUCCAGGUGUACAGGUGAGCUCCUCAUCGAUCCUAGGGCCUAGUCGAGCCAUCAGAAGACUGCAGCCCACGAAUGGUACCAGGAGAGAGAAGUGUAGUUGCCUAGAUUCCAACCCACAGGAUCAUGAGAAACAGUAAUUGUUGCUAAGUUUUGCACGUUGUUAACACAGCAAUAGAUAAUUGUAGCCACCUCUCUCUGUCUCCUCCAUGAUGUCUGGGCAGGGACUGACCCCAGACGCAGCUCCAGGGGUGGGUCCUGACUGUCUUAAGCCAGUCGGAGGAUCCCAUUCUCUCUGUCUACAGUGAGACGUCAAGAGCCAUCUGCUGGGGCUUCUGGGAAAGAGAAACUUCCCCAUCAUCUAAGAAAGAGCUGGUGUGGUGUGAGAAUGUGAGGUCAGGAAUCCAGGCAGGUUGGACUUGGCGAGGGAGGUCUGUUGGUCUUGGCUGGCUUGGUCAUGUAUCUGGGAAUCAGGAGGGGCUGUCAGUCAAGGUCCCCCUCCUGGGGCCAGCAGCCUAGCCCAGGUGUGUUCUGAUCACAGCGACGACAGAAGUGCAAGUGGGAACUUGCAAGAUCUCAUGAGGCCUAGACUGAGGACCAAGCCACCAACAUCUUGACCUCAUGCUCUCGGCAAAGCCGUGUCCAAAGUCAAGAGGCAGGGAAGCAGGCCCCGCCCACUGUGGAAGGACAGUGUAAAAUGGCAAAGGGUACAGAUACAGGAUGGAUAAAGAAUGGGGGCCAAGGAUGGGAUCUACCUCAUUUAUUCAUCUCAACAGCAUAAAUCCACCCCCUGUGUGCCCACCCUUGGCUCACAAACCCCAGCCAAGUCCCUUCCUGGGGCAGCCUCCCCUCAGGGGUGCUGGUCAGGCGGUAGAUUUUCUCUUCAUGAUAAACUUACCCCAAUGAGGGAGCUCUCUCCCUUGCACUGGGUUGAACCCAGUGUUUGGUUUUCCUCACUCCUGGGGAGACACGAAUGGAAUACAUCCCAUUCUUCCUACUUCUGUUUCUCCAUGCUUCACUGCCUUCACCUAUUUUAACGAAACCCUCUUCUAACUCGGUAGAAUUCUUUUCUGCUCAAAAACUCUACACAAUGUUACAUAUAAAAUUUAUUCCAUUAGGAAAACCAAAAAAACAAACAAAUAAACAAAACCCCCUCCCAGCACACAGAACAGAGUUGACCACUCAGAGAGUUGCCAGGUGGAACUUCCAGAAGUGAUGGCUGCCAGGUCAAGGUAUCCUGGGCCACAGGAACGGGAGUCACAUACCUGGGGUUGAACUCUAGCUCUGCCAUUGACCUUGGGCAGGUCAACUCCUCUUUCAGCCUCAGUUUUCUCAUCUAUAAAAUGGGGAUACAAGGGCCCCUGACUCAUAGGGCUAUUGCAAGGAAAAAACGAGGUCAUGCGUAUAAAGGUCUGGGUACACCAUAUGGCACUUAGUAGAUGUUCAAUAAAUCGUCUUUCUCUUUGCUUUACUUGGGAGACUAAACCAAUAAAAGGAGUGUCAGGCAGUUGUGUAUGUGUGUGUGUGUGUGUGUGUGUGUGUGUGUGAGCAUCUCUACUGUUUAACAGAUUGUGUGGUAAAGGUAAGAGGCUCCAGAACACAUGUCUUGAUCAGAAACCCGAGGAAGAUAAGGCAGUGCGAGCACAGGCAAGAUUCACCCUUUUUCAGUGAGUUCUGUGUCCUUCGCCUCCCAUCAGAGUGUGGGUGUCCCUUGCGGCUGUGCCGAAACCACAGGCCUGGACUCAAAUCCGCUAGAAGCUUAUGGUGUCUCCUGGGUGGUGGGGGAAGCUCUGGAUCCCAAGUCUGAGGGUCCCCAUGUUCUCACACCGGCCCCAUCAACAGUCUCCCCUUUGCCAGUAUCAUCUGUCAGUCACAACAACGAUGUCCUAAACGUGCUGUCCAGUUGGCUUCUCAUGGUUUUGCCACGUCCGUGCCAUAGUUUCUCCAUCGGUCAAAAAGGUCUAGAAUCGGACCUGCCUCACAGGGCUGUUCGUGGAUAUAGUAAGUUAAUCCGUCUGAGCCCGCUUACAGAGUGCCUGACACAGAGUCCCUCUUCUCUAUCACCGUACUUAUGAUUUAUAUUAUUACUACUAAGAACAAGAACUUUGCAUAGAAGACUCUUCAGUGAUACUUUGUUAUGAGAUGGGGAGGGACCCUGAGUGUGACUUCAAACAGCUGCUGAGUCUGGAGAUGAGGCUCAUGUAUUUAAAGACAAGCGCCCACAUUCGCUGACCUCUUCUGGGGUGACACGUGACUGUCCACUAUUUGCCCCCCUGAAAACAAAGCACCUAAUCUGCUCCUCUAGGAGGAAGGUAACUCUUAAGCAAUGGGAGAGAAUGUAACUGCUUUUUUACAUCUUUGGAAAGAGCAUUUUGAAAGCAGAUGUUUGGAGAUGUUUCCAUUGUUAUGAGCUUGUAUUGCCAAAAAGCAAGGAAAGUAUGUUUCCCUUAGAAACUCUCCAAGCCUGCACACUUCAAGAACUUGAAAACGGAAGAUUCCAACCAAUUUCAAAAAGCUUCCAAAAAGAAAACUUUCAGGGGGUUUUGAAUCCAUUUGUUAAAAAAACAUGAAUACUAAUCUUCCGAUUUGUUUGCUGAACUUAGUGAUGGAUAUCUAGAAAGAUGAACGUAGGUUAGCCAGAUUUCACCAAAAACGGUUCCCUAUUUUGAGAAUGGGACUAAAAUAUGAAUAUUGGUGUUUAGAAAGCACAGUCCAGGGCUUCCCUGGUGGCGCAGUGGUUGAGAGUCCGCCUGCCGAUGCAGGGGACACGGGUUCGUGCCCCGGUCUGGGAAGAUCCCACAUAACGUGGAGCGGCUGGGCCCGUGAGCCAUGGCCGCUGAGCCUGCGCGUCCGGAGUCUGUGCUCCGCAACGGGAGACGCCACAACAGUGAGAGGCCCGCGUACCGCAAAAAAAAAAAAAAGAAAAGAAAACACAGCCCAUGAGGUGCUUCUUUCAUUUGGAUUUAGAAAUAUUUGUAUAAAUCCAAAUGAAAGCACUCUUUUCAGCUCUAACAGCCAAAUCAAGUAUGGAAGUAACUCUACACAGAACCAGACUCCUGAAUCACGACAGCACAGAGUGUUAACCCAUGUUUUUCAAAAAAUUGAAGAAAGGGUAUGCAGUUGCAUUGCUAGCUGUAAAAAUAUGUUAUAAAGAAUGUAUAAAGGAAGGCCAAAAGGUCUAUUACACUGUUAGUAAAUAAAAUAAAAACAUUUAAAAGCUGUGUUUAAUCUUUAUGUCCUCCUUUAAAUUCUUUUAGUUUUUAUAUAUGCUUUAUACUGCUGGUAAUAUAUUUGUAAUUUAUAAACUUUUAUGCCCACUUGGAGACCUCUGCUCUCAAUCACCUAAUCGAGUCCCAGGUGUCCCUCAGGUCGCUGUGGAGGCAAUUUUAGCUUCUUGGUGGAGGGUGGAUGGGGAGAGAGGGGGCUUUCUUCGGGGUCCAGGGAAGCAGAGCCUGCUGCCCCAUUCUCAGCCUCUAGGGGGCAGAAGAGGGAAGCAAAAAACAGCUUGUGGGAAAAACGGACUCAGAAAGAUAGCCCGAGAAGGGCUGGUUUCAGGAGACACCUUAGAAUGUCU